AUGUUCUCCGAACCUGCCUCUUCGCUCUACUGGCCCCCGGACGUGGCCCGCUAUGACAUGGAAGCACUAUUGUUUUCAUCGUCAGGCUGGUUGCGCACUGCCUGCAUCGUGUGCGCCCUGUUCUGGGUCGCCUUCCGCGCCUACCAAGUCCUGACCCAACCCGUGGAGAAACUGGUGCAGGUGCUUGGCCUCGAAGUCCCCGUUGCGCCGCUGGUGUCGCUCGCCGGAAUAAAGGCAGACGGCGUGCUGCUGCACUGGAAGCCGCCAGAUCAGCGCACUUCUGUCCUGAAGUACGUGAUCCGUAUCAACGGCAUAGACAUUGGCGACAUCUCCCCGCAAGAAAGCUCCAUUACUAUCGAGAACCUGCAACCCGACCGUCAUUACACCAUUCGCAUCGUUACCCUGAACUCUUCAAGCUUCCAAGCCCCCAGCGUGCCCAUACGUCUCCGCACCCUUCCCGCUGAGUCAGAUGAGUUCUAUGGACCACACCCACAGAAAGAUGGCCAGGCCACGAGUGACGACAAUGACUACACGCCUACCCCCGUUAUCCGGCCAAACAAGACACUCGCUGAUGUCGUCACCUCGGUUGCCGCGCCGCCCAUGACCCGCGAACACAGCAAUAGCACAUCCCGCAUGAGGCGCCCGGACAUUGGGAGGAAGAGCUCGCCCGCUUCGCAGCCGCAGGACCAGGGGAGGAUACCGCAAGAGGCUGAAGGCCCAGACUCGAUCAGGCAAUUGACGGAAAAGCUGGAUGCGCUCCGACGCGAGCUGGACGACGUGGAACGGCAGAUUCAGGAUGAAGACCAGGAAUUCAUCACUCAAAAGGCCAUUCUGGUUGACAAGCGUGACGAGAAGAAGGCAGCACUGAAAGAGAAGGAGGAUGCCAGCCGAGAUUUGCGCAAAGAGGUGGCCAGUCUUGAACGUCAGAAUGCCGCGGCUCAAACUAGGCGCGCUCACCAGGAACGUCUCUUCCGCCAAAAGGAAGCCGAGCGGAAGAAGUUGAAAGACGAUGUCGCCAAAUGGACCCGAGAGGCUGGCGAACUCCGCAACACUGCCGAGAAGAUCAAACAGGAGCAGGCCGAGUACCAAUCAGCCUCGGAAAAGCGUAUCCAGGAGUUGAAAGACAAGUAUGCCGAUGAAACGCAGGCGAACAAAGUCCUGGAGGAUGCUAUUCGUGAAAUGGGUAUCCACAUCAAGGUGCUCGAGGAAGAGAGGCAGAAGCUGGAAGAAGGUCAAGAGGGGGCGGAGGCGGCAGACGGUCCUGACAGCGCAGAAAAAGAGGAAGACAACCGAUGGAAGAUGACGCUCGGCCUGCUGCAGCAACAGUAUGCGCAGGCCUGGUCACUAUAUGCCGAAGCUGAGCGUGCUCAUCAAGACGCCACAAACAGGUUGACGUAUAUGCAACAGCGUCGUCUGAGCCAACCUCAACUCUUCUCAGGACCCAUCGCCCCGGACAUGGGGCCGCCAGUGAGGAGGAACAGCCAGCGCGCGCGGCCUCUCAGCAUGCGCGAGGGAGUUCUGUCUGCAGCUACUGCUGGCUUUGUGCACACUUCGUCGGCUCCGUUCAACAGCAUCCCCACAACCGCAUCACCAUCGUUUGGUCAGGCUACACCGUACUUCAAUCCAGUCAACGGCAUGGCACUGCCUCCACGUACUUACAACACCUCCUUCUCGCAGGCUGACUUUGAGAGCUUGACUGGUGGUGCCCCUAUGAGUCCGACGGCCGGCUCGCUGCUUCCAGCAGGCCUGUUUGCGGAUGAUCUGGGCUUGACUGAGGAUGAAGAGGACGACCCAGGCCCGCCCCAGGAUCCCUCACUCAACCCGUCGCCAAAUAUGAGAAAUGUCUUGCCAGGUCUCGGUGCUCCCGGCACUAUGCAUCCCCCGCAGAACUCGAGCUCACCAACUUCACCGCAAAGUCAAUCGCCCAGUGCUUUCGCCAGCCCUAGGGAAAGUGCUGCAGAGUUGCAGUUCUAUCCGACCAACGAAAACAAUGUUGACAGCGAUAAGCGCUCAAUACGAUCCACGUCAAGCUCGUUCCAAAUUAACCCCCAAGCCAGUCGCUUUGGUGGGCUCUUUGGAUUGAAUCGGGCACGUGGCAAGACAUUUUCGGAUGAAGGACCUGCCUUAGGCUCCCUAAAACCGUCUCAAAGUCAAUCGCUGCCUCGCGAGGAGCACGGCCUCGAUGGUAUCGGAAGUUCACGCCGCCGCGGUAGUCAUUCCGAGGGUGCAUGGUACGACGCCUUUAUGCGCACCAAGACUCAGCCUAUGGAAUCGACCAACAGUCCGAAGCACGUGGCUACGCGUAAGCGACCUUUCAACAUGUUUGGCAGUGCAAAGGGGGACGAUCCAUGGCUGCGUUCCAUGCUGGGUUUCCAGAGGCCAGAAUCCCCACGUCAAGGCUCUACAAACUCGCUGGAAGGCAUGGCCCUGCCGCGGCCAUCAACUGAGAGCCAGACACGUUUUGGUUGGAACGUGGAUGCCUUUGGCGCUCGAGCCAGCCCUCUCGGAGUCGACUGGAGCGUCAACAACACGAAUACUACUUCGUGGUCAAGAUUAGGAUCACGCCGUCCCUCUAUGCAGCAUGGAUCCAGCGCCAAUCUGAUUAACGAUGACAUGAUGCAUGAUGAUGUCUUGGACUUUCCUUCAAACACACGGUCACCUACUCAAGCGCCCAUCGGUACCCGACCGCAGUCUUCUGCUUCGCACAUGCAAGCGCAACUUUCCACUUCCUCCCUUGGUCCAAUUCCACCUACGCCCCCCAAGCAGUUGAACCCUGCAGCAGCAAGCUUUACCAUGUUUCAACUGGGUAAGAAGAACGAAGAAGACAAGGCCAAGAAGGCUGCGGAGAAAGAGGCCAGGAAGGCGGAGAAGGCUGAAAAGAAGGAGGAAAAGGAGAAGAAGGCCAAGGCAGACAAGGCUGAGAAGGCUUCGCGAAAAGAUAAGACCACCUCGUCCGAGGCUGGAGAUUCCAGGGAUGCGACUUCACCUUACGGCUCUCGCAUGUCACGUGACACACCAUCGAUUUCCACAGCCGACGUGUCUGAAGCUUCCCCACGCGAAUCGCUUGAACGCAGUAUCUCUCACUCAAUGUCGGAUCAUGCAGGCUCCAUUGGCAAAGAGUCUUUCAUGCAGAAGCUGACACGCAAAGGUAGCACCAAUCAAUUCCUGACGUUUGGUAAGAAGAAUGCUCUAUUCUCCAAGACCAAAGCGGGUGAUGUGCCUGGUACUCCUGACGAGGGAGAAGAGGAGAGCUCCAGUAGCUUCUUUGGCCUGGGUAAAAGUACAGACAGCACAGGCAACAGUCCGAGCAUUGGAACGCCAAAGGACAAGGCCAGCGUCUGGGGCUCUAUCAAGCGCAUUGGGAAGAAGGACAAGACCCCAAGUCUGCAUGAGAGUAUCGCUAGUGAGGCGACUGGCGACGAAGAGGAUGCUCUCACUGACCACUUGAGAGCAUGA